CAGCCCCGGCCUUGGCGGCAGCCGCGCAGGCGCCGCCAUGUCGCUGAAGCUCUACCUGGACCUGCUCUCGCAGCCCUGCCGGGCCCUCUACCUCUUCGCCAAGUGCAACAACAUCCCCUUCGAGUUCAAGCGCGUGGACGUCAUGAAGGGGCAGCACAGGAGCGAGGAGUUCCUCAAGGUGAACGCCCUGAUGAAGGUGCCAGCCUUGAAGGACGGGUCUUUCGUCUUAGCAGAGAGCAUCGCCAUCCUCCUCUACCUGAGCCGGAAAUUCAAGACGCCCGAUCACUGGUACCCGUCCGACCUGCAGAAACGGGCCAGGGUGGAUGAGUACCUGUCGUGGCAGCACACCAGCAUCCGCGCCAAGGGGAGUGAAGUGUUCCUGUCCAGGUUGAUGCUGCCUGUCCUUAUCGGCCAGCCUCUGCCUCCAGAGAAGGUGACAGGAAUCACCCAGGGGCUGAACUUCGUCCUGAAGCAGUUUGAGGAGAAGUUCUUGCAGGACAAGGCCUUCAUCGUGGGCACCGAGGUGUCCCUGGCAGACCUGGUGGCGCUGGUGGAGCUCAUGCAGCCUGUCGGUGCCGGCUACAACCUCUUUGAGGAGAGGCCAAAACUGGCGGAGUGGCGCAGCAGGGUGGAAGCAGCGGUGGGGCCGAAGCUCUUUGAGGAAGCCCAUCAGGGCAUCUUGAAAGCCAAGUACAUGACUGCGGAUAAAAUUCCACCUCAGGUGCUGGAGAAUAUCAAGAAAGAAGCCUUAAAGCAGUUUGGCCAGAUUUAGGGGGUUACACUCUAAGCAAAGUGGGUUAUUUUGUGUGAGCUUUUAUAUCAUAUUUCAGCAUUUCUUCUAAAAAUUACAUUAAAAUGGCACUCUGCAAAAUGCCCUUCCAUCACAGCCUUUCUGCAACUUAGAAGAAAAGGAAACUCCAUGUUGGACUACAGCGAGCUGCUUCCCUUGCAGCUCCACAGCCUUCUCUCUCUUGCUGCAGAGCCAGUGGAGCUGCUUGGGGACUGAGGCAACUCCAUAGGAGGGACCUGGAGCUGGUUAGAACUGCCUUUUUUUU